UCAGAAAAGGGCUGCUGUGGCCGGGCAGGUAGGAACCCAAGGAGACGCCUCCCACGGUCCUUCUGGCAAGAAAGUAAGUGAGCAGACUGUCGCCCCCUGCGAUUUCAGGCUUCACGGUCUCCCCAAAGGCAUAUUUAUAGAUUCAAUAUGCUGACACUGAAUAAGACAUUUGGGGUUCUUUGUAGAUUGCCCAAAUGGCAAGUACAUGGAUUUUUAAGAAGUUUUACUUUUCAUACUGGGAAACAGUUUCCUCAUAAACUAGUAUUAGGAAUUGAAACCAGUUGUGAUGAUACAGCAGCUGCUGUGGUGGAUGAAACUGGCAAAAUUCUAGGAGAAGCAAUACAUUCCCAAACUGAAGUUCACCUAAAAACAGGUGGGAUUAUUCCUUCAGUUGCACAGCAACUUCACAGAGAAAACAUUGAACAAAUAGUGAAAGAAACUCUUUCUGCCAGUGGAGUCACACCAGAUGAACUCUCAGCAAUUGCAACUACUGUAAAACCAGGACUUGCUUUAAGCCUGGGAGUAGGCUUGGAGUAUAGCUUACAACUGGUAAACCAACAUAAGAAGCCUUUCAUUCCUAUUCAUCACAUGGAAGCACAUGCACUUACUAUUAGAAUAACUAAUAAAGUGGAUUUUCCUUUCUUAGUUCUUUUGGUCUCUGGUGGUCACUGUUUACUGGCCAUAGUUCAAGGUAUUUCAGAUUUUCUUCUGCUUGGAAAAUCAUUAGAUAUAGCACCAGGUGACAUGCUUGACAAGGUAGCAAGAAGACUUUCUUUAAGAAAACACCCAGCGUACUCCACCAUGAGUGGUGGAAAGGCUAUAGAACAUUUGGCCAAACAAGGAAAUAGAUUACAUUUUGAUCUUCAACAUCCCCUGCAUUACUGUAGAAAUUGUGAUUUUUCUUUUUCUGGACUUCAGACUGCUGUUGAUAAAAUAAUAACACAAAAGGAAAAAGAGGAAGGUAUUGAGAAGGGACACAUCUUGUCCUGUGCUGCUGAUAUUGCUGCUGCUGUACAGCACACAGUAGCAAGCCACAUUGCUAAACGAACACAUCGUGCUAUUCUAUUUUGCCAGCAAAGAGGUUUCCUAACGCCUUCUAAUGCAAUAUUGGUUGUAUCUGGUGGUGUUGCAAGUAACUUAUAUAUUCGAAGAACUUUGGAAGUUGUAGCAAAAGUAACAAAUUGUAUGCUAUUAUGUCCUCCUCUCAAACUUUGCACAGACAAUGGAAUUAUGAUUGCGUGGAAUGGUAUGGAGAGAUUGCGUGCAGGACUGGGCAUAUUACACAACACAGAAGGUAUCCGAUAUGAACCAAAAUGUCCUCUUGGAGUAGAUAUAUCAAAACAAGUUGGAGAAGCUGCCAUAAAAGUACCAAGCUUAAAGAUUUGAUCCUUGGUUUUCUUUAAGAAGAAUUCUCUAAAGGUAUUAACUCAAUGUUAGUACCAGAUCCUGGAUUUUUAUAUGCUCUAUUCAAAAAGAUAUGAAAUUGUAAAUAUCCAUUAAAGCUCUUUUUAAGUAUUUCCACA